AAUUAUUUGCAAAUUUUUUUGUAUCCAUAAAAUACGUUGUAAAAGUCUGCAGGGCGAGAGUCUAGUUUUCACGAGUUAACAUGUAGCUAAUGCUAAUGUAUUGUUUUCUUGUUUUCACACCGCGUAAGUAGCUAGUUAGCUUAAAGUAAUGAUUAAAAUCCCCAGCUGAGCUUCACAGCCAGCCAAGCUAUCUUGACGUUUGCUAAAUUUAGCUUUGCUGUUUGCUUUAACCUCCGCGAUGGGUGGCUGCUCCGCUCCAAAUUGCUCCAAUUCAACCAGCAUAGGCAAACAGCUGUUUAGGUUCCCCAAAGACCCCAUCCGUAUGAAGAAAUGGGUGGUGAACUGUCGACGUGACUUCGAACCAACUCCUCACUCCAGACUAUGCCAGGACCAUUUUGAGCAGAGCCAGUUUGAGGAGAUAGCGAGAUCUUCAGCUGGGGGAAAGAAGCUGAAGCCCAAUGCCAUCCCCACUCUGUUCAGUUUGGGAGAACCUGCUUACCGAGUAAUCCCUUAUCCAUACAACUUGCUGCCCAUAAAACGUGAACCAGUGGAGAAGGAGCUGAAGCUCGGGGACCAUGGGUAUGCCAGACGCACCCGUCUGCCCGGCACAGUAGAGGAGGAUGCAGACAGGACUGCAGAGGACCGGCAGCCUUGCACACAGUGCCAUCUCCUCAAGAAACAGCUGGAGCAGGAGAUGCAGCACACUGCAAGGCUACAGAAGGAGGCAGAGGAGAUGAAGAAGCGCCUGUAUCGGCUCGACAGGAUCGAGAAGGGUCUCCGGAACUUUCUGUACGAGGACCAGAUCCGUGCCCUGUCCCUCACCAAACGCUCCCGACGGGCUGUCUGGUCUCCAGAGACCAUCCUGAAGGCCCGUAAGAUCCGCCGUGAGAUUGGCACAAAAGGCUACGAGUACAUGAGAGAGCUAGGAUACCCUUUGCCCUCCUACAGGACUUUAUGUAACCGCCUGGAGACUAAGAUAAUGGUGACGACCGACAUGAGCCGGGAGGAGCUGGCGGAGCUGGGCCUGGGGCUCAUGGCCACCUGUGACAGUCCCACAGCAGGUGUUGGGGUCAACGAUGAUGAGGAGGAACUCAUGGGUGUUUUGUCCUGAUCGUUGAGUUUGCAUGACUUACUGACUCUAACCAGGGGAAGAAUGUGCAAAAUUUGCUGUGUAUGCAGAUAUGACUCUUAUCUACGAAAGACUUUAAGCGUCAGUAUAAAUGUAUGCCUCGCUUGACA